UUCAGAAAGUGGACUUCACUGAAGCCAACAUAAUAGGUAAGUUGACAGUGGAUAACCUCAUCGGCAAGGGAGGGUCCGGCGAGGUGUACAGAAUCGACAUCAGCAAUCACACCAGCAUGACGGUGGCCGUGAAGAAAAUUUGGAAUACUGGAAAGACAGACUGGAAGAUGGAGAAGGCCUUCGAGGCUGAAGUCAAGAUCUUGGGUGAAAUCCGGCAUGCAAACAUUGUGAAGUUACUCUGUUGCAUCUCGAAUGCAGACUCCAAGCUCCUUGUCUAUGAGUACAUGGAGAAUGGAAGCCUGGAUCAGUGGCUACACCAGCACAGAGCGAGACCAGACUCCAAGCACAAUGAGCCAUUUAAUUGGCCCAAGAGGUUAGGAAUUGCCAUUGAUGCAGCAAAAGGGUUGUGUUACAUGCACCACCAGUGCCCGACACCAGUCAUUCACCGUGAUAUGAAGUCGAGCAAUAUACUUUUGGAUUCAGAGUUUGGAGCUAAGAUUGCCGACUUUGGCCUGGCACGCAUGCUGCUCAAGGCUGGUGAGCCCGAAUCAGCAUCGGCCAUGGGAGGCACUUUUGGCUACAUGGCUCCAGAGUGUGGCUAUUCAUGGAAGAUCACAAACAAGGUGGACAUUUAUAGCUUUGGGGUAGUCCUCUUGGAGCUGACAACAGGAAGGGAAGCACUGGAUGGUGAUGAACACGAGAGCUUAGCAGGGUGGGCUGCUCGCCACCAAAAGGAAAAUGGCAAUGUAAUGGAACUGAUAGACAAGGACUUGAGUGAUGAUGUUGACUACUUGGAUGACAUAGCGACGGUGCUAAGUCUAGGCAUAGAAUGCACAAACAGGAAUCCUGCCUUCAGGCCUUCCAUGAAGGAUGUAUUGCACGACCUGAUGGAAUGUCACCGAAGGGAUCCUCGUCAAAGGAAAUUCAACAUCCGUACGCUUCUUCAGACGUAG